AUGUCGAACAACACAUUCACGUUCAAGCUCGACCCAUCCAGCCUCCCACAGCUCACCAGCCGGGGAGACAACUAUGCUAAAUGGAAGGCAGCGUGGACUAUUGCCUUUCGACCGCCCUUCUCACCCAAUGGUCCAAAGAGGAUAACAGGCUAUGGUGAUUAUGUCUGCGGUGCACCCAGACAUCGUCAUGCUGGUGACAACAGCAGCAUCAGCACACCAAGCAUGGACAACCUUACAAGACCGCUUUGA